UUGGAUCUGAUUUCUGGUUGCCAACCAGCAUUAAACAUGUUAUCUCUGCCCAGCAGGUAUGGUUUCAAAGCUGGCAAGUGUCUGUGCUGGGGACAACCCACCCCUCCCCAGGCUGGGACCAUGGCUGACAUGAUUUUUGGCAGUGGGACAGGCCCCUGGGUUUGCCCCAAUGACCGGCAGCUGGCCCUGCGAGCCAAGCUCCAGACGGGCUGGUCAGUGCACACAUUCCAGACUGAGAAGCAGAGGAAGAUGCAGGCUCUGAGCCCCAAGGAGCUUGAGGUCAUCCUGGGAGUCAUCCGCAAGGCAGAGAAAUUGGACGUGGUGGAGCAGCAGCGCAUUGGGCGCCUGGUGGAGAGGCUGGAGAACAUGAGGAGGAACACGAUGGGGAACGGCCUCUCGCAGUGCCUGCUCUGUGGGGAGACCCUGGGGCUGCUGGGCAGCUCUUCUGUCUUCUGCCAGGACUGCAAAAAGAAAGUUUGCACCAAGUGUGGGAUAGAAACUGUUGGAGCCCAGAAACGUCCUCUGUGGUUGUGCAAGAUCUGCAGUGAGCAGAGAGAGGUCUGGAAGAGGUCUGGGGCGUGGUUCUACAAAGGGCUGCCCAAGUACAUCACUCCUUUGAAGAGCAGCAGCAGUAGCAAACCCCUGGAGCUGCAGACCCAGCCCUGGCAGGGCGAGGCAGCCGUGCAGGAGCCGGAGAGCAUCGGCAGCAGCCGCUCCUUCACCUGGGCCAGGGGAAAAGUGGUUUCCAGUGACAGUGAGAGCGACUCAGAGCUCAGUUCCUCCAGCCUGGAUGACAAACCCAUCCCUGUGGCAUCACAAGGCUCUCAGGGGAGAAAGCUCCAAGCAGGAAUGGCACCCACGAGGGGACCCAGCCAGGCCAUGAGCAGAGCCCCGGGGACCCCCCAGUCCCCCCCGCUCUUGGGGAGCCACAGCAGCCUGGGCAGCGAGCAGGGGGCUGAGCUCAGCCCCGUGGAGAGUGGCCAGAGUGACCAACCCUCGGGCAGGCACCACAGCAACACUGCCACCAGCACCCCUGGCAAACGACGAGGCCACACCAGAACACGACUCUGA